AUGGAAAAAUAUGAAAAUGAUCAAGUGAAGUGUAGAAGAAAUGACGGAGUGGUUGAAAUCUUCCCCAGGAGAAUCGGCACUGUCGAGGAACAGGAAAGAUGGCAAUGCUUAGAGGUUCCUAAAGAUGGUCGCCUCGAGCUUACUUUCUCAAAACGCUCACUUCUUUCAUUGAGUUCCGAUACAGUCUUGAAGAUGUUGGAGGGAAUCCAUAAAGAGGAUAAAGAUGUUCCGAAAUGGUUCAAUCUUAAUCUGGGCACUGGAGAUCAGGUUUAG